AUGUCAGUUGUGAGGCUUUGGUUUGGUGUAAUAGUGCUCGUGGUGGUCGUAUGUGGUUCGGAACCAUCCGAUAAUUACGUCGCAUCGAAUCGCACUCACGCGAAAAAGGGUAGGUUCUUGUUCAACCAGUUGUUCAACAUAGCGAAUCUGUUCGGCGGCGGCGCCGAUGAGGCCGCCUACGACGAUGACAACGACAGCGAGCUGAUCAAAGCGAAGAAUUGCACGUGCGAAUGCGGCGUGUCCAACCAAGAGAAUAGAAUCGUCGGGGGCCAUCCCACCGGCGUCAACCGGUACCCGUGGAUGGCCCGGCUCGUCUACGACGGUCACUACCAUUGCGGGGCUUCCCUUCUCACCGAAGAUUUCGUCCUUACCGCCGCCCAUUGCUUGAGAAAGUUGAAGAAAUCGAAGAUCCGCGUGAUCCUCGGCGAUCACGACGCUUCGACGACGACGGAGAUCCCGGCCAUGAUGAGGGCCGUGUCGUCGAUCAUCAGACACAAGAGCUUCGACGCGGACACGUUCAAUCACGACAUAGCGCUGUUGAAACUGCGAAAACCCGUCGAGUUCACCAAACAAAUCCGACCGGUUUGCCUGCCGAAGACCGGCGAUCCUUCGGGCAGGACAGGUACCGUAGUAGGAUGGGGCAGGACUUCGGAAGGCGGGAUGCUGCCGACGGUGGUGCAGGAAGUGGAGGUGCCCAUAUUGACCCAGGCGCAAUGCAAGGGCAUGAAGUACAGAGCGUCGAGGAUAACGAAUUACAUGUUGUGCGCGGGCAAAGGUACGCAGGAUUCCUGCCAAGGGGACAGCGGGGGACCUCUAUUGGUGCACAGCGGCGACAAAUACGAAAUCGUGGGGAUCGUAUCGUGGGGCGUGGGUUGCGGCCGACCCGGCUACCCCGGCGUCUACACCAGAGUGUCCAAGUACGUGAAUUGGUUGAAGACGAAUCUGCAAGGCAGUUGCUUUUGUAGUUGA